GUCACGUGAUCCCUUUCAAAGAUGGCCGCCCUGUUGUUUUGAUGAAUAAUACUUGGUGGGGCGAGGGGGUAAGAGUAGGGUUGGAGGGGUAGGAGGAUUUACGCUUACAGCGAGAGCCUAGCCAGUCCCAUCCCUCCCCUCCCCCCUACCAGGGUUCUUGCGUGGAGGCGGGGCGAGCCUGGCCUGCUUUUAGAGGGGAGGGGCUUCCCGGUACGGUGCUGGGCUCUGCCUGGGCUGCUGUAGGGUCGCCGCGCCUCGGGGGCAUCCAGUGUGCAGAGGAGCCGUUCCCGCCAGGGGCCAGGGGUGGGACCCGGAGCAGGGUCUGCGGGAGAAAAACGCAGCUGCCGCGUCACCGCCACGAAGACACGGCGCGCAGCGGGCACGAGCCGAGCUGAAGACCGCGCCGCCCGCUCUGGGUAACCUGGGAAGCUGAGGGGAGUCAGUGGCGCCUGGAGAGGACCCCGUAGCAGCGGCCGUGGCCGGAGGAGGCGGCUCGGGGCUCUUGCAGCUGGAGGAGGCUGGGGCGAUCCGAGGGACCGAAGCCAAGGCGAUUCAGUGCCUCGUGUUCUUAGUUUUUAACCUCUGACUAUGCAAUUCUGAAACCUCCCCCACCGGGGACCAGACAGUCCGAUAGAUACCUUCCACUCUCCUUUGCUCCCGCCCGGGUCUCAAGAACUGAGGAUCUCUUCCCUAACGCCUUUCACCAUUAAGAGGAAAGCGAUGGAGGAGCUGAGCGCUGACGAGAUUCGACGGAGGCGCCUGGCACGACUUGCUGGUGGACAGACCUCCCAACCGACCACCCCGCUUACGUCUCCCCAGAGGGAGAACCCUCCGGGACCUCCGAUACCUGCAUCAGCCCCAGGCCCCUCCCAGAGUCUUGGUCUCAAUGUCCACAACAUGACCCCAGCUACCUCCCCCAUAGGUGCAGCAGGAGUUGCCCACCGGAGCCAGAGCAGUGAGGGAGUCAGCUCUCUCAGCAGCUCACCGUCCAACAGCCUGGAGACGCAGUCUCAGUCCCUCUCCCGUUCCCAGAGCAUGGACAUCGAUGGUGUCUCCUGUGAGAAAAGCAUGUCCCAGGUGGAUGUGGAUUCGGGAAUUGAAAACAUGGAGGUGGAUGAGAACGACCGGAGAGAGAAGAGGAGCCUGAGUGACAAGGAGCCGUCUUCAGGUCCCGAGGUGUCUGAAGAGCAGGCCUUACAGCUGGUCUGUAAGAUCUUCCGCGUCUCUUGGAAGGACCGGGACAGAGACGUCAUCUUCCUUCCCUCUCUGUGUGCGCAGUUUAAGCAGAACCCGAAAGAAGUGUUCUCUGAUUUUAAGGAUCUGAUUGGCCAGAUUUUAAUGGAAGUAUUGAUGAUGUCCACUCAGACACGAGAUGAAAAUCCAUUUGCCAGUCUGACAGCCACAUCCCAGCCUAUUGCCACGGCAGCUCGGUCACCUGACAGAAAUCUCAUGCUGAACACUGGCUCCAAUUCAGGAACAAGCCCCAUGUUCUGCAGCUUGGGCUCCUUCAGUGCCAGCUCGUUGUCUAGCCUCUAUGAAACUAGCCCUGCUCCUUCCGCCAGUCUCUGGAGCUUUGUGCCAGUACCGAGUCCCUCCUUUGCCUCACCUUCCCGCGCAGCCCCCCAGGGGCCUGUGCCUUCCACGUCCCUCAGCCCUCACAGCGCAGCCCCCCAGGGGCCUGUGCCUUCCACGUCCCUCAGCCCUCACCGCGCAGCCCCCCAGGGGCCUGUGCCUUCCACGUCCCUCAGCCCUCACCGCGCAGCCCCCCAGGGGCCUGUGCCUUCCACAUCCCUCAGCCCUCACAGCGCAGCCCCCCAGGUGGCUGUGCCUUCCACAUCCCUCAGCCCUCACAGCACAGCUUCCGGAACUGCGGCUGGAAGCCAGCCCUCAUCCCCGAGGUAUCGCCCCUACACUGUCACACACCCAUGGGGGUCUUCACCUUGCCCCACCCCACGAUCCUCCAUUCUGGCCAACUCCCCAGGCUUCCUUGCCCGCCCGAAUAGUCCCCGAGCAGUGCCUGCCAGCUCCUCCAGACAGAGGCCCCGCAGCAGGGGCCCCGCCUUCCCACCCGCCUCGCCCAGUGCUGCCAGCCGACGUCCCUCCUCCCUGCGGAUCUCUCCUAGUAUGUACGACAAUCCUUUCUCCUUCCUCUUCCUCGCACUUUCUGGGGACAGUAGUGAUGAAGAAGAUGAAGAAGAAGAUGAUGAUGAUGAUGAAUAUGAUGAUGAUGAUGAAGGUGGUGGUGGUGGUGGUGAUGAUUUUUCUUGUGUCCAGUUUGGGUCCAGUUUGGGAGCCUCUGGUGGAGCAAGUAACUGGGACUCAUACAGUGAUCAUUUCACCAUUGAAACCUGCAAGGAGACAGACAUGCUGAACUACCUCAUCGAGUGUUUUGACCGAGUUGGAAUAGAGGAAAAAAAAGCGCCAAAGAUGUGCAGCCAGCCAGCAGUCAGCCAGCUCCUGAGCAACAUCCGCUCGCAGUGCAUCUCCCACACCGCACUAGUGCUGCAAGGGUCCCUCACACAGCCCAGGUCCUUGCAACAGCCAUCCUUCCUUGUGCCGUAUAUGCUGUGCAGGAAUCUCCCGUACGGCUUCAUCCAAGAACUGGUGAGGACCACUCACCAGGAUGAAGAAGUGUUCAAGCAGAUCUUUAUCCCUAUUUUACAAGGCCUGGCUCUUGCUGCCAAAGAGUGCUCCCUUGAUAGUGACUACUUUAAAUAUCCCCUCAUGGCACUAGGUGAACUCUGUGAAACCAAGUUUGGGAAGACACACCCUGUGUGCAGUUUGGUCGCCUCUUUGCCUCUGUGGUUGCCGAAGUCCUUAAGCCCUGGUUCUGGGCGGGAGCUGCAGAGACUCUCCUACUUAGGGGCCUUCUUUAGCUUCUCAGUCUUUGCAGAGGAUGAUGCAAAGGUGGUUGAGAAAUACUUCUCAGGGCCCACCAUUACCCUGGAGAACACACGUGUCGUCAGCCAGUCCCUACAGCAUUACCUGGAGGUGGGACGGCAAGAGCUUUUCAAGAUCCUGCAUAGUAUGUUGUUAAAUGGUGAAACUCGUGAAGCUGCUCUCAGUUACAUGGCGGCCGUGGUCAAUGCCAAUAUGAAGAAAGCCCAAAUGCAGGCGGAUGAUCGAUUGGUCUCUACAGAUGGCUUUAUGCUGAAUCUCCUGUGGGUCCUGCAGCAGCUAAGUACAAAAAUCAAGUUAGAAACAGUCGACCCCACUUACAUAUUCCACCCGAAGUGUCGGAUUACUCUCCCGAAUGAUGAGACACGAAUAAAUGCAACGAUGGAGGAUGUGAAUGAGUGGCUGGCUGAGCUCUAUGGAGAUCAGCCUCCGUUUUCUGAGCCAAAAUUCCCUACGGAAUGUUUCUUUCUCACCCUGCACGCUCACCACCUCUCUAUUCUGCCUAGUUGUCGUCGCUACAUCCGAAGACUCCGAGCCAUCCGAGAGCUCAAUAGAACCGUGGAAGAUUUGAAAAAUAAUGAAAGCCAGUGGAAAGAUUCCCCACUGGCCACCAGACACCGAGAAAUGCUGAAGCGCUGUAAAACUCAGCUAAAGAAACUGGUACGGUGCAAGGCCUGUGCUGAUGCUGGCUUACUUGACGAGAGCUUCCUGAGAAGAUGUCUGAGUUUUUAUGGCCUUCUCAUUCAGCUGCUGCUCCGCAUCCUGGACCCUGCAUAUCCCGAUGUAACACUGCCUUUAAGUUCAGACGUCCCUAAGGUGUUUGCAGCAUUGCCUGAGUUUUAUGUAGAAGACGUUGCUGAAUUUUUAUUUUUUAUUGUACAAUAUUCUCCUCAGGUGCUUUAUGAGCCCUGUACUCAGGACAUCGUGAUGUUCCUCGUGGUGAUGCUGUGCAACCAGAAUUACAUCCGAAACCCGUACCUAGUGGCCAAACUGGUGGAGGUCAUGUUCAUGACCAACCCUUCUGUCCAGCCUCGAACUCAGAAGUUUUUUGAGAUGAUUGAGAACCAUCCUCUCUCUACAAAAUUGCUGGUACCUUCCCUCAUGAAGUUCUAUACAGAUGUCGAGCAUACUGGAGCCACCAGCGAGUUCUAUGACAAGUUCACAAUUCGCUAUCACAUUAGCACUAUUUUUAAAAGCCUUUGGCAAAACAUAGCUCACCAUGGCACCUUCAUGGAGGAGUUCAAUUCCGGAAAGCAGUUCGUUCGCUAUAUCAACAUGCUGAUAAACGACACGACCUUUCUGCUGGAUGAAAGUCUGGAGUCACUGAAGCGGAUCCAUGAAGUGCAGGAAGAGAUGAAGAACAAGGAACAGUGGGACCAGUUGCCUCGGGAUCAGCAGCAGGCCCGGCAGUCUCAGCUUGCUCAGGAUGAGCGCGUUUCACGUUCUUACCUUGCCCUGGCGACUGAAACCGUGGACAUGUUCCAUCUCCUCACCAAGCAAGUCCAGAAGCCGUUCCUCAGGCCAGAACUUGGCCCCCGAUUAGCAGCCAUGCUGAACUUUAACCUACAGCAGCUGUGUGGACCCAAGUGCCGGGACCUGAAAGUUGAAAACCCAGAGAAGUACGGCUUUGAGCCAAAGAAGCUGCUGGACCAACUGACGGAUAUUUACUUGCAGCUGGACUGUGCUCGCUUUGCUAAAGCCAUUGCUGAUGACCAGAGAUCCUACAGCAAGGAACUGUUUGAAGAAGUCAUUUCAAAGAUGCGGAAGGCAGGAAUCAAAUCCACCAUUGCAAUAGAGAAGUUUAAGCUUCUUGCUGAGAAGGUGGAGGAAAUAGUGGCCAAGAAUGCACGUGCAGAAAUUGACUACAGCGAUGCCCCGGAUGAGUUUAGAGACCCUCUGAUGGACACCCUGAUGACCGACCCUGUGAGGCUGCCCUCUGGCACCAUAAUGGACCGCUCCAUCAUCCUGCGGCAUCUGCUGAACUCCCCCACCGACCCCUUCAACCGCCAGAUGCUGACUGAGAGCAUGCUGGAACCAGUGCCAGAGCUGAAGGAGCAGAUUCAAGCUUGGAUGAGAGAGAAGCAGAGCAGUGACCACUAAGCCGUCCCCGUCACAUUUCUCUGCUGGAAACAGCCACGCCAGCCAGCCAGGCCGAAGCAGCAUCCACCUCGAAGCUGCUGCUCAACCCUGCAGCCAGAUGUGGCCAGAUCCUGAGAGCCCACCCCGAGUGACCAAACAGUAGAGGUCUGAGGGACAUGAUGAGAAGAGGAGCCGAUUCCUGUACAUAUAUUUAAGUGACAGUCACAAGCGAGGGGCGAGUUUUACGAUUGCUUGCGUAGUAAAGCACGUCCUUCGCCCGUCACACCCUGGGGCUGUGGCAACGGAAGUCUUUAGUGAUGGCGAGUGGGUCUGGGCAGCAUCCCCCUGAGCUUUCGUUUUGUUUUGUUUUUUCAAUGUGACUAGAGAACUCGGACAUUUUGCUGCUAAAGAACCUCCCCCUUCCUGACCCUACUUGCACUGCUGUGGGUUUUUUAAAGAGAAACAAAACCAGACUCCUUUCCCAGCCCUCCAAACAUGUAUUCUGUGAGAUAACUGUGCCUGCGACAAAGUGUUAAUCUUGGGAUCGUAUUUUUAUAUCAUAUUCACAUACUUGUUUUUUUAAUUGGUGUUAGAUGACAUGAUUAAUAAAAAAGGCAAGAUAUUUUCAGAAUUUGAAUUUCAGUUUUUUUUUCUUUUGAAAUAGCCCUUUUGAAUUUUUUUUUAUUAUAAACAAAAUGAAGAGAGCCCUGUUGCCCUGGCCCUUCUACCAAGCCCUUGAUUAAGAUUCUGAGGAACAGAUGCAGCAGCGGGAUGGCUGAAGUGAUCAGGACUCAUGUGACUUGUGGGGUUUGGGGAGGUGAGGGUUGUGUUUUGUUUUUUGUUUUUCUAAUCCUAUGUGACAAUUCCAAACGUAUACCAUUAUCCUCUGAGGAUAAAUAGAUUCCUCAACCCUGGGUUCAUUUGUAUGCUGUGUCCUUUUGGGGUUUGGCCUUACCAAAGCAAAAAAAAAAAAAAAAAAAGAGGGUACAAGAAAUGUGGAAAUCGGAAAUCUGUUUGCUUGUUUCUGUGCCUGGACAAAUGCCACCACACAGGCGCACGUGAGCAGAAGCCCUUUGUAUUACCGCUCCCUACGCAACAUACUUGAAUUCUUGAAUUUCCUUUGGGUGGAAAAGGAUUUGAAACCAUAAAGUGUUUUAAGGAAAUGAAAUCUUGAGAAACAUACUUUCUUUUCUUUCCCUUACUCCUCUUCUCCACAGACAAUGUGCUCUGUUCAGUUCCCAACACAAACUCCAAUAAACGGUGAUGCCCAUUCGGA